UGGACGCGCAGCACGAGCUCAACAAGUUUAACAGAGUCACAACCUGCGCGCGCUCAGACCUGCUCCAGCCCCGCACCGACCAGCACCACCUCCACCAGCACCACCUGCACCGCCAUGGAAGACGAGCAGAGCGGGAGCACCCAGGGGAGCACCCGGGGGAGCACCCAGGGGAGCACCCGGGGGAGCGCCCACAACCUGGCGGCCCCCGCGCAGUCCACCCCCGGGAGCGCGCAGAUCCAGCCCGUGAACUGCGAAGACAUCCUGCUGCCGAGCUUCAGCCCCGGCUCCGCUCCGUCCUCCCCGACUCCCACGGGCACCCUGACCCGCCUGGGGAUGUCCCUGCGCGGCCACAGCGGGACCCCGGCCCCCGCCAGCCCCACGGAGCGGGGCCAGGUGAGCGCCAUCACGGUGGUGGCGAUCCUGGACAAGCUGGCGGGAAUGUUAGAGUCUGUGCAGCAGAACCAGCAGCGCAUGGAGCAGAGGCAGGAGGAGCUGGAGGGAGCCGUGAGAGCCGUGCAGGGCGACGUGACCAGGCUGUCCAAGGCGCACCUCAACACCGCCAACAACGUCAACAAACUCCUGGAGCGCUCCCGGAAGAUGAACGGCGGCGUGAAGGAGGUGAAGGAGCGGCUGGACAAGCAGGCCGUGCAGGUGAAGCGCCUGGAGAACAACCACGCGCACCUGCUCAAGAGGAACCACUUCAAAGUACUCAUCUUCCAGGAGGACAAUGAGAUCCCCACUGACGUCUUCGUGAAGGACUCUCUCAAGUCGCCCCUCCCUCAGUACGACGAGCCCUCCGUCGCGGGCUCAGUCUCCGCCCACCCGCCCUCCAUCGCCGGGUCGGUGUCCGCCUCCGUAGCGCCCUCCGUCUCCGGCUCGGUGGAUGUGCGCUCUCCGGAGGAAGGGCUUCACACUGUGAGUCUGAGCUCUGAUGAAGACGAGGAGCUGAACCUGCACCGCGAGCCGCUAGACGAGUGUGUGGAUGCGGACUCCACUCUGGGCCUUGGCUCGAGCCGUCCGUACGAGAGACGCGCCGAUCGGUUCAAGCGAAACAGCCUGAAGAAGGUGGACAGUCUGAAGAGAGCGUUCACCAGACAGAACAUCGAGAAGAAGAUGACCCAGAUCACCACCAAGAUCGUCCCUCCGGAGAAACGCGACAAGAUCAUCAAGAGUCUAACCCCCAACCACCCCAAGAGCCCCACCGCCAGGGCCUCCUCCUUUAAGGUCGCGCCGAUGACCUUCAACGUCAAGAAGGUGAGAGAUGGUCAGACCCCCACACCAGAGGCCAGUCCCUCCUCCGCCGAGGCCCACGUAGAGAUCCCUCCCCUGGGCAGCCUGGACACGGACGCCUCCCUGGAGCUCCACGCGGACGGAGGGGCGGUGACCCGUGUCCGCGAGGCCCUGAAAGAGUGCAGCGUCCAGGCGGAGCUGUCCGUCAACGGGGAGGUGGAUCUGGAGGUCAACGGGGACGACCACUUCGCCGGUGAUAACCACUCUGCCGGGGAGGAGCCGAGCACGGAGGAGCGGGCCGGCGCCGAGGCGGAGGCGGAGGUCUCCGGUGGAGCGGGCCUAGCUGUCCCCGAGUCUACGGAGGAUGUGGGAGAGGAGGAGGAGGAGGAGGAGGAGGAGGAGAGUCCCACAGAGGGCGCAACGGAGGCGAGCAUCUCCGCGGAAACCACCCCCUCGGCGACCAUUCCCACGGCGACCAUCGCGGUGGAACAAGCGUCUUAAUGUGACAGUUUUAGAGUUUUUAAACGUCGUCUGAAAAUAUAAAGUUUGAUACACAAUGAUAGAAACUGAUUUACCUUAAUGCUGUUUAGUUAAAGAUGAGAAGGGCAAAAAAAAAAACAAUUUAUGUCGUGAUUUUUCUUAAAGCUACAGGUCAUGUUUUAGUUUUAUGAUGUUUUAAAUGAUCGCGGUGGGUGUGGCGAAGGAGGACGGACUUUAAAUCCACUUCUAGAUGACCACCUGAUGAUGUCACAAGGUGUAGCGAGGAGUGUUAUGAGCCGUGCAUAGGGAGACGGUCCAAACGGGAUUAAACGCUGAAACGUGCGUGAACGAAGCGAAGCGCGAAACUCCGGUGACGUUUCUGCGGAGGCCACUGUGUCAGAACAGGGUUAAAGCCCCACUGCGGGACAUUUCGUCACACUAGAACACGGUUACGGGACAAUAUGAGACAUUUAAAAACAAUUAUAUCACGUAAUUCCACUUGGGAUUGAAAGCACCUAAGUCCCAGAGGUGAAACAAACCCCAGGGCCUCCUCUCCUCGUCUCCCCCCCAAAACGAGCUCGUCUCCCUGGGCAUAAGUCCAGCCAGCUCCCCCCGAAAGAGCAAAGUACCACCAGAGAUAAUGAGGGAUCUGCAAGUACGAACGUAAAUAUGGUUCAACCUGGACUGGAUGAAGAGUAAACUGGGUCUGUUGAAUUUAAACGGGGACUUCCAGAGUUACAUCCAAACCAGAUCUAAACUAAGACCCAACCAGGACUAAACCAGGACUAAACCAGGACUAAACCAGGACUAAACCAGGACUAAACCAGGACUAAACCUGGAUCCAAACUGGUGUAGGAUAAAGUGUAGUUGCCUCAGAGUCGGAAGAAAAGCCAAGAGUUUUAACGCAAGAAAAGUUUAUUUAGCAUCAAUACAGAAGCGUCAGGACUCUGAUAGUGUCCAGUCCAGUCCAGUCCAGUCCAGUCUGGCUAUGCUUCUGUUGUAGGGAGUAUUAUACCUCUGAUGACUUAGGCUGAGAUAACAAGGACUGAGCCCAGAACCUGACUAACUCUAACAGAAACCAGGUCUAAAAUGGGUCUGGAUGAAAACUAAACCAGGACUAUGCCAAGACGAGGUCUAAGACAGGACCUAGAUCUAAACCAAGACUUAAACCCAGGCCACACCAGGGCUAAACCAGGUUUAAACCGGGUCUAAAACAGGAUUUUAAGUCUAUAUCAGGACUAAAAGUGAGUCUAACCCAGGAGAAAAAAAACAAAA